CUCUAUUGACAACAUCUCACGUGACGCGAGGUAAAAUGGAGUCUGACAGGAAAAUAACGUUGUUUACAACCAAGGCGCUUCUGUAUUUAUAUGUUAUAUGCUUGUAUACUUUUAUUGUUAACAUAGAGGCAAAAGUACAUCAUUUCGAACAAUCACCUGUAAAUGGAUAUGCAAAAAUAAGCAAAUCAGUCUUAACUUCUAAACGUUUAAAACGCAGUUCAGAUGAUGGGUUUACAACAGUGUCUGAAAGAAAUGACCCAAAAUGUUUCUCACAACAAGAUAAAUUUAAGAGUAUUGUUAAUGGCCUUAAAGAUGGAAAACGUUUAGAGGAAACGCAUGUGUUUGCGAAUGAAACCAAAUACAAUUUGGCAUUAGCCUGGGCUGGUGAAAAUGAUGCUGGGAUUCUUCUUGUUCUGACGAGUGAGUUGGAUUUUACUAAUGCUGCUUCAACGCUGUGGAGAAGCACUGACCAUGGUAGGACCUGGACAAACUGGAAUAGUAAAGUGGACAACAAAGUGUUCCAGCAGGCAGAUGGGCUUCAGCGUAACCCACACAAUCCAAGCAAGUGUUACUUGAUUAGCUAUGAACACUUCCUGUAUGUGACUGAGACUGGAGGAGAGACUUGGAAAAGGUCGGAUAUUAUUUCUCCAACAUUUGGUAGUGUUGGCUCAAUAAAUGAGCAGUUGACCUUUCACCCUGAGGAAAGUUACCAGGACUACGUAGCAGUGGUAACUACUACCAGGCAGUUGUUUGUCACCUACAACAAUUUUCAAACCCCUGCUUUAGUUGUCAAAGACAAAGUCCAUGCAGUUAAAUGGGGAAGUAAAGCAACCUCAACAGAGAAAAACAUCUAUGUCACCACUGGAGAGUUUCAACAUCCCUUGUUUAGUGUUGUACCAGAUAUGAACAAUCUGGAGUGUUAUGACAGCAAGACAGGCCAGUGGACAACGAUACUUAAGAGAGUGGUCAUUUUUGAUGUCCAGGAUAAGUUUAUGUAUGCUUCCAUCUACAAGUCAGAGCAACCAUCCAGCGAGGAUGAUGACAAGCUUUUGAUGAUCUCCUCUGAUGGUGGCAAGAGUUGGGAUGAAGCUCAGCUCCCAACUUUGACUGGUGAUAGGUUUUUCUCUGUACUGGACAUGUCUGAGGGUAUGAUCUUCAUGCAUGUGGACAACCCUGGGGAUACUGGCCAUGGUGUGUUGUAUACAUCAGCUGCUGAUGGCAUUGUCUACUCAGAAUCUUUAAGGAACCACCUGUUUCCAAAUUACAAUACAGUCCAUGAUUUUUACAAGAUUGAGUCCAUUCGAGGUGUCUACCUGGCAAGUCAGAUGCAUGAAGGGGAUAAGUCCAUACACACAGUGAUUACAUAUAACAGAGGUGGAGAGUGGAAAAAUGUGUCUCGUCCAACAGGAGUCGACUGUAAAAACUCUGAAAAAGAAGGCUGCUACCUUCAAAUUCAAAAUGCCUACAGCCUUCACAGAGGAUUAAAUGGGAGGCUACCAACCAGUCAGCCAGACGCUUAUGGGAUUGUCUUGGUUCAUGGUCAUGUUGCCAGUAAUCUGCAGACGACUCCACCUGAUGUUUAUCUCUCCACUAACGGAGGCUACAAUUUUAAAAGGGUUCUACAAGGUCCACAUGCCUAUGAGAUUGCAGACAGUGGAGGCCUACUUGUUGCUGUCCCUCUUGACACCCAGUACCCAGACACAAUUAAGUUCAGCACAGAUGAGGGCAACUGUUGGCAUGUGUACAAGUUUACUAAUGACACUAUCAGAUUCACAGGCCUGUUGACUGAACCAGGGGGCAAGUCAAUGACUGUAGGUAUUUGGGGAUACACUUUGAAAGACAAAAAAUGGACAGUGAACAUCAUAGACUUUAGCAAUGUUGUGACUGAAGAGUGUAAAGAAGAUGAUUAUGAAGACUGGACACCUCACACUGCCCUCAAAUCAUCCUCUGGUCUAGACGGAUGUCUUCUAGGUCAGAGGGAAACAUUUAAAAAGAUCAAAGCAGAUUCAUGGUGCCGUAAUGGCUAUGGUCGUAACAGAGAUGUUUUACAAUCAAUAUGUCCAUGCAGUGAAGAGGAUUAUGAGUGUGAUUUUGGAUUCCACCGCCCCGAAGGUUCAACAAAAUGCGUUAGACAGGAGGAAGUAAAAACAGAGGAAAUAGACAUUUGUAUUAAAGGUCAUGUGGACAAAUUGGAUACCAUUGGAUAUCGCUUGAUUCCUGGAGAUAAAUGUGACCGAGAAAAGGGCUUCCAUCCUGUCAGUAGUUUUGAAAGCCUGGAUCAUGUCUGCAAACCAGGAAAUAAAGCCCCCAUAGUCCAUGACAUGAAAGCACCUGUGGAAAACACAGGGUCACUCAAGCUUGUGGUCAUUUCUAUCAUUGUGGCUGUUCUUGUUCUGGUAUCUGUGGUCGGAGCAGUGUUUGCAUACAAGAUGCUAUUACUGCGGAGACAUAAAGUGGUGUACCGCUACUCCAUGUUGAAUCAGACAGACGAGCAUGAUGACUUUGAAAAUGCUCUUGUGCACCAUGACACUUUGUACAAAGAUUCUUCAGACGAUGAGGUGGAAGAGGUGAAUAAAUCUCCAGAACGUAAUGGCAAAGGUCCAGUCAAAGAGCAGAAUGGAGUUAGAUCUUAUCAUGAUGAUUCAGAUGAUGACAUGCUUGGAUAAAGAAAUGUUUUUCCCAGUGAUUCUUUGUUUCAAAAUAUUUAAAAACCACAAAAAAAAAGUUGUACAUAUUUUCAUAAAUGUCUGUUUUUGUUGUCUGGGUGUGUGUGUGAGAGCUUACUCAGGUAGGCCACCCAUUGGCCAUUGUGCUGAUCAUUUGACCAUAUGCAUUGUAAUCUCAAACUUUGGAUCUCAGACCUGAGCAGUGGAAGCCCUCUGUAUAGAAUCCUUGAAUGCCUACAGAGUUUCUCAGGCUGCUAGUAAAAAUAGAGUUCAAGCAAAUCAUUCUGUUCUUGUUUGUUUUUUUGGGGAAGGGGGCGGGGGGGUUCCAAUGUUUUUCUCUUAUGCUAGUGUAUUUAUUUGUACAAGUCACAUUCCUGUUGACUUGAUGAGGUCUGCUCUCAAAGUGACACUGUGGAGUUUGUAUCAAAGUACUCAUUAGAUGGAUGGAUUGUUUUGUUUGCAUCAAAGUACUCAUUAGAUGGAUUGUUUUGUUUGUAUCAAAGUACUCAUUAGUUGGAUGGAUUGUUUGUAUCAAAGUACUCAUUAGAUGGAUGGAGUGUUGUGUGCGUUAUAUCUCUGUGAUAAGAUUGUAUGAGGAUGGCGCUCUAUUUGUGUAUGUGUGUUUACGUAGAUAUUUAUACUUAUCUCUUAUGUAUAAAUAAAAAAUCCAUUUUCUACUUUCAUUAUCAGGGGGAUUUAUGUUCAACUAUUUUUGGGAUCCUUUCUUUUUUUUUUUUUCUUUGCUGGGUCUCAUUCUUGGCAAUGUUUGAAAAUCAAAGUCAGUGUAGCAUGCUAUUUAGGCUUGAGUCAUAGUCUAAACUUAGUAAUAAUACCUCCAAUGGUAAACCUUAGUGAACUGUGUUAGUAGCUAACCUUUUGAGGUGUGAAAGUUUCCUUGAUCAUUUGAAAAGUAAAAUUUUGCUUCUAGCAGUUCAUAUUUAUUGGAUUUGUUCACAUUUCCAGAGCCUAUGCUUCAGAUAGGAUUUGUAUUGUUUCUCUGUGACAUUUACGUUUUUUUCUAAAUAAACUAUUUCUUCUAUUUUAAUUCUAUAUUUUUUUAACAACUUAAAUAUGUAUGUAUAAGAAGAUAUUUCUACAAAGAAUAUUUGAUACUGUAUCUUUCUUUUGACUUUUUUGCUUUUUCUAUGUAAAUGUGAGAGACCAUAUGAAAGUCAAUUUGAAAUGACUCUUUAAAUCAUUUAAUAUGCAACAUCUGUGUACCAAACACAAACCCUUUUUGUUUCUUCAUUACUUGUAAGACUAGAAAUCCCUGUGGUGUGUGCUAAUAGAGACUACAUUAUAGUAAGAAAUAAAUCAAAGUCACAUCUAAUUGAAUGUACAUACUUUAGACUAUUUUAUUAUGCAUUGGGUAUGCAAUUGUAUUAGGUCAUAGCAGGUGUUUCCUACUAAAAUGAAGGAGAUAAAACAGAGUGCAUUUCAUUAAGAAAUAUCUGUAUGUUCAUAUUUGUUUAGGUCUAGCAAGCAAAAAAAAAAUA